UUUAUGCGAGGAAAGAAUUAAUCGAGCGCGUUGAAAUAGAUUCACAGGUUGAUCCGUUUUCUCCUACAUUUUAUAAUAAUUAACACGGGAUGAAGUAGGUCUAUCGCAAGGUUGUAUUCGACAGUUGUGUUAAACAAAAUGUUGUCUAGAAGAAUUAGAUACUCUUUAUUAGUGGGUGUAUUGGUAACUAUCAUCCUGUGUAUGGGAAUAUAUCAUGGUAAUCCAAAUUUGGUUAUGAAACCAGCCCUAAAAGAUUUGUUAUACGAAGGUCGAAUUUAUGGCAAAGAUAAAAAUUGCAAAGAGUAUAUUAGCACUAACAGAAUCACCAACAUUAAACGUCUAUUGAACAUGAAGACUACACCGGAAGUUGAAGACCACCUGCACAGACUUGGUUAUCCAAAUAGGAUUACAACAUCCGGUGAUAUCUACAUACCCGAUUUACCAGACCUCAAUAUUCCUAUUCCACGAAUUCCUGUAAUUGUGGCUGGGGCCUCCAAUAAUCAUUUUACAGAGAUGCAAGCUAUGAUGCAUAAUAUUGAUACAGUUCUAAGACCAGUUUAUCCGGAUAUUAAAGUUAUUUUAUAUGACAUCGGAUUUACAGAAUCACAAAGACAGGCAAUAAUUAACUACGGGAGAUGCGAGUUUAGAACCUUCAACUUUGAGAAAUAUCCCAAGCAUGUUAAAGUAAUUCGUUCUUAUAGUUGGAAACCCCUCAUUAUACAGGAAGUAUUAAAUGAGUACGGGUUUAUAAUGUAUAUGGAUGCUUCAAUACGAUUUACCACAGGAAACCUGACGAGUAGUUUCAACGAUGUCAAGAAAAAGGGCCUCACUCACCUCUACGCUUACACCUAUUUUAUUCCUAAUAACACAUUUGCUGAAACGUUUGAAUAUUUCAAUGUGGAACCGUGUUUACUUCAUGGUCUUUAUGAGACUGGAUCCGGACUUAUUCUCGUGGUGAAAAAUAACUUGUACGGUUACGCCAUGAUGAGGUCCUGGUUGACAUGUGGUCUUCAGAGAUACUGCUUUGAGCCGAAGGGAUCAAGGUGCCAAGACGCCUGUGGUUCCAGAAAAGAAUAUCAUACCUGCCAUCGCUUUGAUCAGUCGGCUCUAGGCAUUGCUAUUGCCAUGACUUUCCUUGACGAAUCCCAUGGCGUUCCUAGACAGUUUUAUCAUGUUGGAAGGGGAGAUCGAAUGGAUUACUUUAAAAACAUUUCGAAAGGCAUAAUUGGACCCAAGUCAGACGGCAGGACUGCAGGACCUAAGUCAGACGGUAAAACUGAACCUAAGUCAGGCGGUAAAACUAGACCUAACCCACGCAGCAAAACGGGACCAAAGCCAGGGGGCAAAAGGGAACAUGAAUAAAAAAAAUAUGUUUUUUGCUUAAGAUAA